UUUUCGAAUUGAAUAUUUUUUGUAGAAUAGUUUUGUCACAAUGACGAGUAGAGGAAGAUCAAGUAUAAGCCAACAUUCGAGAUCGAUAAGUCAAUACAUCAGCACAAGUGACGCAGAUGAAUUGACUGACGACGAACUUGUUAAACAGGUCAACGAACUGAAACACCAGAUCAAGAUACUGACCCUGGAGAAUGAGAUUCUAGAGAAGUGCAUCAUGAGAAUCGACCCCUCGCUCAUGCAUGGAAUCCUACAGGCUCUAGAGUACGCCUUCAAACUACAUGGAAGCUCCUCAUCUCUGAACCUGGGCAGCUUCGCCAAGUCCACCUCAAAGUUUGGGAUGCUCGAGUCCCUAGCCAGCCCGUCUCGCCUAUUGACCAGCCCUUCCAGGAUAUCCACCAGGCGGGUGGAAUCCUCAGCUAGGAUGGGUACGGGCAUAUUCGCCGCCGGUCCGAAGAUCAAUGUUCUAGAACGGUCAGAACUCGUUUCCAUGGAGAUGGAAAUACUGGUUCGGCGUCUAGAACGUUCUAGAGCGAAAGCGGCAAGACAACAGGCCCUGCUCAAAGCGCAGCUAGAAGAACUGGGUCUGAGAUCUGUUGAGAUUGAGAAAGCUACUGAGGCGUUCAACCAGCAGGUGAUAAUCGAGGGAUGGGAUAAGAUAGCGCAAAGGAUCCCAGCUGAAGUGUGGAUUCGGUACAUGACAGAUUGGUUCAGAGUCAGCGAUAAGGAAAUUGGGAAACUGAGACUCAGGACUAGUACCCUGAAUACUCAGUACACUAAACUCAAAGGUCAAAUCAAGGUCAAAGCGGAACUGAGCGAGAGUUUGAGGCCCGUUGACUUCGAGAAGUUGAAGAUUGAGAACCAGCAGUGUUUGGAACUGAUUGAGAGCAAGUUGCACCAACUGGCCGAGCUGAAGAAGAUGACGGGAGAUGCGAACCUCAACCUGGCGAUCCACAAGAAACUAAUGAUGGAACAGAACGCUUAUCUGAUGAAGGUCCAGAAGGACAUUCUGCAGAAGAAACAACUAGUGAUCAAUCUGGACAAGGAACGGGAGAAGAUUGAGGACCAGGCCGACACGUUGCAGGACAAGUAUAAUGACGUGAAGAAGGUCCGUCUGGCGUAUGAGGUCCCGGACAUAAUGGAAUACGUGAGGGUCAAAUCUGAAGUGGCGGAUCUACGGCAUGUGGUCAAGAUGUUGGACAACAGGUUCCACGUCCAGCAGAUAGCGCUCAAGUCCCUCAAUAGGAAGUUGCAUUCUAUGUUCUUCGAGUAAAGGAACACUUGG